ACGUUCCUUGAGCCUUGGUGUGCUGUUUCUGUUCCCAUUUUCUUUCUAGGCGUAGAAUAAGCCCACCUCCGCAUCGGCUCUCGCUCGCUGUUCUCACCUGUUUCUGCGAGUACAAGUCCAACCAGUGACCAUGCAUCAUCCACUCUCCCUUCGAUUCCUCGCCAACCUCACCGUUACCAUUCUCCUCGCCUCCAACCUUGUCUCUGCCUUCCAUGUUGGAGAUCUCCUUCACACCUUGCGAUCGCUGAAAGACGCACCAGCCGGCAGCGUGGCUCUCAAUGCCCGCAGCUCAAACCUCACCGCUCCCGCUACCGUUUCCAACGGCACUACUGGCUCCUCCCAUCCUGACUCGACGGAAGCAAAAGAAGGCAGACUUGGCCUGGGCGGUCUGUUGCAUAACAUCUUCGAUCGACACGACAAGCCCAGCACCAGCACCACUCUCAAUAUCCGGGGCUCGAAUGGCACCGUAACUCCCGCCGGAGUUUCCAACGGCACCACUCCCAGCGGUGUCUCUCACCCAGACUCCAAAACCGAAGGAGACCAUGGAUUCCUUGGACUUGGCGGUCUUCUUCACAAGAUCUUCAACCGCGAUGCCACGCCCAUCACCAUCACCACCCUCAAUAUCCGGGGCUCGAAUGGCACCGUAACUCCCGCCGGAGUUUCCAACGGCACUGUUUUCACCAGCUCUUCCCACCCGGAUGCAGCAACAGAUAAGGGACAGGGGCUCGGACUCGGGGGUCUUCUGAACAAGAUCUUUGGCCGCUCUAACCCUGUGCCCGUGCCUGUCGAGCCUGAGGAUGUUGACGAGGUUGACGGCGAGGUUGGUAUGCUUAUGAGUCUUAACCGCCGUGCCGAAAGGGACGGAGAGAAAAGGCUGAGCCGUGAGGAGAGGAGAAAGAACCGGGAGAAGAGGCGUGUGAGAAGGGCCAUGUCGGCUGCAACUGAGGCUGAGAAGGAGGAGAGGCAUGUUGCUCGCUCCAGAGCGUUUCGGGGGUGAUGAUGGUUGCUAGUUGUCGGACAAGCCAAGAUGAGCUUCCGCUAUGUUGUUGAUAUUUUAUAGACCGUGCUGGAUAAGAUUAGAUGGUAUACCGGGAUGAAGGGUUUCGUGUCGCUAGCCAUCCAUCAAUCAACGAAGCCCAUAUUAGCAGAGCGCCGAACCCCAUGUCCCACUAGUAUCUCGUGAGUCUUUCUCAUUGUCAGGCCAGAUGGUCUGCUGUGCCGCUGACAACACAACUCUGAAGAUCAGCAAUGGGCAGGACACUCUUCCAGCUA